AUGCAUUUCCCAUGGCACCCCAAGGAAAAGCCGGGCACGUUGCCGACAGUAGAAGACGAUCGGAAAGACAGUGCAAGCGUCGUCAGGGCCUCAACCACAAAAUCUGCACCAACACAUAGGCCUUCUACACGCACCCAAGACCCGCCGCGAAGAUCCUCUCACACUAGCUCCCAACCUCAUAUAUAUCGUGGCGCAUCAAUCAAGGCUGAGAAGCCUCAACGUCCCGAGCUUCAGCGACGAAGCACAACUGCACGGACACGGUACAUCGACAUGCUUCUUGGACUCGACCAUGUCUCGCCUUUCCACAACAUCCUUGCUUCGCUGUCCGUGUGGAUCUUAUUAGCCGGAUACAUUGUAUUCCCAGCCACCUUUAACAAGCUGCAAAAGGGCAAUUACGAUGAAAAAGCAGACACUGAUCUCAAGAAACAUGCGCUCGAAACUGUGCGAAAUGUGCCGCUAAUGUAUGUUGCUGCAUUUGCAUGUGGUCUAGGCGUUGCUGGAUGUCUGUGGCUGUGGUGGAAGCAUCGGAAGAAUUACGUUUGGGUCAUCAACCGCAUCUUCCUUCCUGCGUUGCUGAACUCAAUCGCUGGACUGGUAUCGACCCUAGUCAACAUUUACUCUGCUCAAGAUGGGUGCAAGGCAGCCGUUCACCCCUAUGCUGCGCCACAUUAUGUCAGCACACCGGUGACCGCGUCCCAGUAUUAG